AUGCUCACUCCCAACUCCCUCACAUCGUCGCUCGUCGCGGUCGGCGCCUUAGUUGCGAGCACGGCAGCGUCGCCUUAUCAGCUAAAGGAGCGAGUCUCAGAGCCUCGUAACUGGAUCAAACAGAACCCGGCGCCAGCUAACCAUAUCGUCAACCUCAAGUUUGGGCUACUUCAAGCGGGCUUCGACGAGCUCGAGCGCCAUCUCUACGAAGUUAGCGACCCCGCACACGUUCGCUAUGGCCAGCACUUGUCGAAGACUCAAGUAGAGGCACUCGUAGCACCUCACCCCGACAGUAUCGCGGCCGUGACUGGGUGGCUGAAGGAGCAUGACAUUGCAGAGAAGGAAAUGCAACUCUCUGCGGCACAGGACUGGGUUACCGUGCGCGUUCCGGUCGCUAUCGCCGAGGCCAUGCUCGACACGAAAUUCCACGUUUGGGAACAUGCCAGCGGUGACACGACGCUCAUUCGCACGACAAGCUAUUCGCUUCCGGAGCACGUUCACUCACACAUCGACGUCGUCCAUCCGACGACGUACUUCAACCGUGCUCGCGCGCUGAGAACGACUUUCCACUUCUCCGAACCGCCGGCGGCAGAUGCAAGUUCAACUGAGCUCGGCAAUAUUUCCAUACCUGGCUCAGACGUCACCAUCGACGCGAGCUGCAAUACCACGAUCACGGUCGACUGCAUCAAGGAACUGUACAACGCGGUGAACUACACAGUUGUAGCUGCCGACGUCAAUCAGCUUGGCAUAACUGGAUACCUCGAUCAGUUCGCUAACUUCCAAGAUCUCCAAUCGUUCUAUGCCCGGCAGGUUCCAGAGGCUGUGGGCACGUCGUUCAACGUGACACUCAUCGACGGCGGCGAGAAUAAUCAAACACUAUCCGAGGCCGGCGCCGAAGCCAAUCUCGACGUCCAGUACGGGUUCGGUAUCACAUUCCCCACUCCUGGUGUUUUCUGGAGCACUGGCGGUAGUCCUCCCUUCACUCCGGAUCAGCAGACGCCUACCGACACUAAUGAGCCGUAUGAGACUUGGCUUGUGUUCGUACUAGCUCAAGACUUCGUCCCACAAACCAUCUCGACGAGCUACGCCGAUGACGAGCAGACAGUCCCAAUUGCGUUUGCGCAGCGCGUGUGCGCCGACUUCGCACAACUGGGUGCGCGUGGCGUAUCGCUCCUGUUUGGUUCUGGAGACGGCGGAGUCGGCGACGGCGACUCUAACCCUGCUACAACUGACUGCUUUACCAAUGAUGGCACGAACACGAGGACGUUUUUGCCACUUUUCCCGGCCUCGUGUCCCUUCAUCACGUCUGUGGGCGGCACAAUCAAUGUCCCCGAAGUCGCGGUAGACUUUUCUGGCGGCGGGUUCAGUAACUACUUUGCUCGCCCUUCGUACCAAGAUACCGUCGUGCCGGCGUAUCUCGAUUCUCUCACGCCUGGCACCUUCGCUGGACUAUUCAACUCCAGUGGUAGAGGGAUACCUGACGUCGCCGCCCAGGCUGACAAGUUUCGAAUAUUCCUUUCGGGACGUGCAGUCUCGAUUGGGGGCACGUCUGCAGCAACGCCGACCUUUGCGGGCAUCGUGUCUCUGCUAAACGACGCUCGUCUUGCGAAAGGCCUGGCGCCACUCGGUUUUCUGAACCCGCUCAUUUACUCGGCGAAUGUUAGCGCGACUUUCAACGAUAUAACCGUUGGAAGCAAUCCCGGAUGCGGAACGGACGGCUUCAAUGCCACGAUCGGCUGGGAUCCUAUUACUGGCUUCGGCACGCCGAACUUCGGGCUCCUCAAGGACAUAGUUGCGCCUUGA